AUGCCUGACCCGAGAACGCCUGACCCGAAGAUGCCUAACCUGAGGAUGCUUGACUCGAGAACGCCUGACCCGAGGAUGCCUGACCCGAGAACGCCUGACCCGAGAACGCCUGACCCGAGGAUGCCUGACCCGAGAACGCCUGACCCGAAGAUGCCUAACCUGAGGAUGCUUGACUCGAGAACGCCUGACCCGAGGAUGCCUGACCCGAGAACGCCUGACCCGAGAACGCCUGACCCGAGGAUGCCUGACCCGAGGAUGCUUGACCCGUGGAUGCUUGACCCGAGGAUGCCUGACCCGAUCACGCUUGACCUAAGAAUGCCUGACAGGAGGACACCUGACCGGAGAAUGCCUGACCUAAGGACGCCUGACUCGAGAACGUCUGACCCGAAAACGUCUGACCCGAUGACGCCUGACCCGAGAACGCCUGACCGGAGAACGCCUGACCCGAGGAUGUCUGACCCAAGAAUGCCUGAUCCGAGAACGCCCUACUCGAGGAGGCCUCCCCGAGGAUGCUUGACCCGAGAAUGCCUAUUUAACAACUCGAAAACAACAUAA